AUGUUACUUAUGCCAAUCACAUACGGCAACAGAUUAAAUUCAGAUGACCCACCGUCUAUCUCUUUCCAAAAUUCCACCAUUAAAGUGGUUUCUUCUUUCCGAUAUCUAGGGGUCAUAUGGGACAGCAAGCUUACGUUCACAGAACACUUUAGGCACGCCCGUCGGAAAAGUGAUCUGCUCAUGUAUAAAUUAAAUACAGUUGCCAACAGAUUCUUUUCCAGACAUCACCAUCUGUACAGAGGCAUCUACACAGGCGCCUUCGAACCUUAUGUCCUUUUGGGGUACGGGGCUUGGGGGCACCAUCUAAAAUUCAAGCAAUUAGUGCAAAAAACUCAAGUCAAAUUUGAUGACACUUAUCUAGAUCCCGAACUUUAUGAACCUACUUUAAACCCAUAUGACCAACAUCCUAGCGAAUGGUUUACUUUCCCUUUCCAGAAAAAUCCACCAUCAGGAGAUGGAAUAGAAAUUUUCACUGACGGAUCUAAAAUUGGCGACCGGGCGGGAUCUGCCAUUGCUUGCUUUUACUUCGGUAAACUAAUUUAUGUUGACUCCCAUCGACUUGACGACCAUUCAACGGUUUUCCAAGCUGAGGCCUAUGCCUUUUUCAUGGCCCUUGAUUACAUAGAUCAAAUUAAUUCUUGGAGCAAAGUCUCUAUUUAUUCAGACUCACUCUCGCUACUUACAGCUCUUGCUUCGCCUAAACGCAAAAGCUGGAUGCUGAAGCAAAUAGCCGACAAAAUAAAAGCAGUCAAUUCAAACCGACGACUCUCCCUCCAUUGGGUCAAAGCACACAUUGGAGUGGAAGGCAACGAAGUGGCUGAUAAACAAGCUAAAUAUGGUACUGAGAAAGAUUCCAUCGACUCACAUGUCCCCAGGUCUCAUGGCACCUUGAGGGCUGACAUUUGGCGUUGCAUUCUUGCAGAAUGGCAAAAUGAAUGGGCAAGUAGCUCAAAAGGUCCUCAGACGCACAAAUAUUUUCCAAAUGUCUCUACUAAAAUGAAAUCCUUUCAUCCCUUCCUGAUACAAUUCCUCUCGGGUCAUGGGAGAUUUCCUUAUUACUUCAAUAAAUUUGGAAUCACCAACGAUCCACUCUGUGACUGUGGCAAAGUUGGAACACCAGACCACUAUAUUUAUGAGUGCAUACACACUCAUCUUCUUAGACAAAAAAUCAAAAAUGCUCAAGAUAAAGAUCAUCUUCUUAAAGAUCCUCACAACUUACAUGUUAUCCACCAAAUCAUCGCGUGGAUAAACGACCACAUUCCUAGGCUCUAA